CCCACACAUAAGCAUAUGAAAAAGUCCGGCGAAAAAAAAAAAAAACAACAACAACGCCUUCUUAAUCCCAUAGAUAUCAUGAUAUAUAUGUUUCCUUCAUAAUUAACACCACACCUACGAAAUUAUUCCCAGCAACACAGAGAGAAACAGCAAAAUCAAAGCACGUAUAUCAUAUCCGUAACAAUGGAGUCCGUUGUCUCUGAGCUAGAAGGCACGCUUCUGAAGGAUUCCGAUCCCUUCUCCUACUUCAUGCUAGUGGCUUUCGAGGCGUCCGGUUUGAUCCGAUUCGCGCUGCUUCUUCUUCUAUGGCCUGUGAUUCUGCUCCUUGGAUUACUCGGUCUGGAGGACUUAGGCCUGAAGCUGAUGAUCUUUGUGGCGACGGCUGGCGUUUCGGAGUCGGAGUUAGAGUCGGUGGCGAGAGCCGUGUUGCCCAAGUUCUUGAUGGACGAUCUUGACAUGGAGGCGUGGAAGGUGUUUAGUUCCUGCGAGAAGAGGGUGGUAGUGACGAAGAUGCCUAGGGUUAUGGUGGAGAGGUUCGUGAAGGAGCAUCUGCGUGCUGAUGAGGUGAUCGGAAGUGAGCUCUGGAUCAGCCGGUUCGGGUUCGCCACCGGUUUGGUUCAAGCCGGUUCGCUGGAUAGGCUGUGUGAAAGGGUUGCUAUGGUUUUCCAGGACGCAGCACCAACUUUGGGUUUGGGAAGAAGAACUGGUCCUUGUGGCUCCUUCUUGCCACUAUGCAAGGAACAAAUGCAACGGCCUUUAAUGGCGAACGAAAAGCACGACCGCGAGUUCCUCCGCCCUCUGCCGGUGAUAUUCCAUGACGGCCGUCUGGUGAAGCGACCGACGCCUUCCACCGCCUUACUAAUCCUCCUGUGGAUGCCUCUGGGCAUUCUUCUCGCCGCAAUACGCAUCAUGGUAGGCCUGAUAUUGCCCUUCUGGGCAGUUCCCUACAUCUCAGGCCUCUUCGGCGGCAAGGUCAUCGUCAAAGGAAAGCCGCCGCCUCCUGUCGCUCCUGGCAACUCCGGCGUUCUCUUCGUUUGUACUCAUCGAACCCUCAUGGACCCCGUCGUCCUCUCCUCUGUCCUCCAGCGCAAGAUUCCGGCAGUCACGUACUCCAUUUCCCGACUAUCGGAGAUCCUCUCUCCGAUCCCCACCGUUAGGCUCACGAGGACACGACACGUAGACGCCGAAAGGAUAAAGCUCGAACUAUCCAAAGGGGAUUUAGUGGUGUGCCCUGAAGGAACGACCUGCCGUGAACCGUUUCUUCUGAGGUUCAGUGCACUGUUCGCCGAACUAACCGACAGGAUAGUGCCGGUGGCGAUGAACUACAGGGUAGGGUUCUUCCAUGCGACGACGGCGAGGGGCUGGAAAGGACUGGACCCGAUUUUCUUCUUCAUGAACCCGAGGCCGAUGUACGAGGUGACGUUCUUGAACCAGUUGCCGAUGGAUGCGACGUGUUCGGCGGGGAAGAACCCACACGACGUGGCGAACUAUGUGCAGAGGAUACUGGCGGCGACGUUGGGGUUUGAGUGCACCAACUUCACGAGGAAGGAUAAGUACAGGGUUUUAGCUGGGAACGAUGGAACUGUGUCGUGUACGACGUCGUUUGCUGAUAAAAUCAUGAAGUUGGUGAAGGCCUUCAAGCCUUUCUUACCCUAGGAUGGCAAAGCAGCGAAUAUAAGUUUGUUUGUAGAAUAAACUGUACCUAACCUAUUGUGGAGAUGUGUGUGAUAUGGUUAAUCUUUUAAUCAUUUAUUUAUUUUUGAUGGGUGGAAUAUUUUAGUCAUUUAAUAUUAUUCAAGUUUUGAAUAUUUGAUAAUUUA